GGCUUCGGCUUCGCCCUUUUUCCUGUGACUCUUGAUGGAAGAACACGGGGUGACCCAGGCAGAGCACAUGGCUACCAUCGAGGCCCACGCAGUGGCCCAGCAGGUGCAGCAGGUGCACGUGGCCACCUACACAGAGCACAGCAUGCUGAGUGCUGACGAGGACUCGCCCUCCUCCCCCGAGGACACCUCCUACGACGACUCCGACAUCCUCAACUCCACGGCUGCCGACGAGGUCACUGCUCACCUGGCGGCUGCAGGCCCUGUGGGGAUGGCAGCAGCUGCUGCAGUGGCCACAGGGAAGAAAAGGAAGCGACCUCACGUUUUUGAGUCCAACCCCUCCAUCCGGAAGAGGCAGCAGACACGUUUGCUCAGGAAGCUCAGGGCCACGCUGGAUGAGUACACCACCAGAGUGGGGCAGCAGGCCAUCGUGCUGUGCAUCUCACCCUCCAAACCCAACCCUGUCUUCAAAGUGUUCGGUGCUGCACCCUUGGAGAACGUGGUACGAAAGUACAAGAGCACCAUCCUGGAGGACCUGGAGUCCGCGCUGGCCGAGCACGCCCCGGCCCCGCAGGAGGUGAACUCGGAGCUGCCUCCCCUCACCAUCGAUGGCAUCCCCGUGUCCGUGGACAAAAUGACCCAGGCACAGCUGAGAGCCUUCAUCCCCGAGAUGCUGAAAUAUUCCACGGGUCGUGGCAAGCCAGGCUGGGGCAAGGAGAGCUGCAAGCCCAUCUGGUGGCCCGAGGACAUCCCCUGGGCCAACGUGCGCAGCGACGUCCGCACCGAGGAGCAGAAGCAGAGGGUGUCCUGGACCCAGGCCCUGAGGACCAUUGUGAAGAACUGCUACAAGCAGCACGGGAGGGAGGAUUUGCUCUACGCCUUCGAGGACCAGCAGACCCCCCAGACCACGACCACGCACAGCAUCGCCCACCUGGUGCCCUCCCAGACCGUGGUCCAAACCUUCAGCAACCCCGAUGGCACCGUGUCCCUCAUCCAGGUCGGCACUGGUGCCACGGUGGCCACUCUGGCCGACGCCUCCGAGCUGCCCACCACGGUCACGGUCGCACAGGUGAAUUAUUCUGCAGUGGCUGAUGGCGAGGUGGAGCAGAACUGGGCCACGCUGCAAGGAGGGGAGAUGACCAUCCAGACCACGCAGGCCUCGGAGGCCACGCAGGCAGUGGCCUCGCUGGCCGAGGCAGCCGUGGCGGCGUCGCAGGAGAUGCAGCAGGGAGCCACUGUCACCAUGGCACUCAACAGUGAAGCUGCUGCCCACGCCGUAGCCACGCUGGCCGAGGCCACCCUGCAGGGAGGGGGACAGAUUGUCCUGUCUGGGGAAACUGCAGCAGCAGUUGGGGCACUCACUGGAGUCCAGGAUGCCAAUGGUAAGGCCUUUACCCCCCCAAAAAACCUGAAACCCCCUCGGAUGGCUGCGGACCCCCGGCUGGCAGUGCCCCCGUCCCCAGCGGCCGCGGCGGAGGAGGAGGAGGAGGAGGAGGAGGAGGAGGAGGAAGGCACAAAGUCUCCUUUGUGUGGGCGAGGCCGAGGCCCCAACGAGCCGAGCGGGGCCGGGAUGAGCUCGGGGUGCCCCGGAUCCGACUCCCCUCGAGGUUCCAGCCCCCAGUCCCUCACACUGGAAUUUGGGGAUGAAGAUGAGAGCGGGGGCUCGGCCAUCCCCGGGCUUCGGGGAGCGUCGCUCAUGGAGGGGCCAGCAGGGACAGCUCUGUCCCCAACCUCACCCACAGCCUGCACCCACCUUUGGGGCUCCAACAGCAACGCCCCGCGGGGAAACACCCCAAAAAUCCCGGAGAAGCCCCAAAAGCUCUAA